AUUAAUUCGAUCGCAUCGUUCCCACUUCCCACCUUUUUUUUCCACUGUUUCCUUUCCUGUCACCAUCCAUUCCGUUUACUUCCUUUUCCGUUUCUCCCCAGUUUUCACCGCUAAUCACUCCCUCCCUUCUACUCCAGAAAACACGCACUCACACACUAAAAAAAAAAAAAACCAAAAGAAAAUGUUUACCAUUACCAUUACCACCUCCAUGGCCAAACAGCUCAUACUCCUAAACUGUAUUCACUAACAUUUGCCAUUAACACCACACAUCAACACACAGUUCCCACUCUCAAAAACACCAUGUCCCCCUUUCCCCUCUUCCUCCUCUUCCUCCUCCCCACCUUUUCCUUCUCUCUUUCAGUUCCUUACCCCUAUAAUUUUUCCAUCCAUGUUGAUUGUGGUGGAUUGACCAACUCAACGGAUGUCUUUAACACGACCUGGGUUUCCGACAGGUACUUCACCGGCGGUGUUACGGCGGUUGUGUCGGAGCCGCUUCAUUUCACCCACCAGCAGGAGAAGACUCUCCGCUACUUCCCAAUUUCCUCCGGCAAGAAGAAUUGCUACUCAAUUCCCGAUGUCCCUCCCGGAAAGUACUUCCUCCGGACGUUCAUUGUCUACGAUAACUACGACGGCAAGUCUCAUUCCCCUUCCUUCGACGUCGCCGUUGAAGGGACUAUGGUGUUCUCUUGGCGGUCGCCUUGGGAGGAGUCCAUUUCCAGAUCCGGGGCUUAUUCGGAUCUUUUUGUGUCCAUCUACGAUUCGAAUGCUGACGUGUGCUUCUACAGUAUCGCGACUGAUCCUCCGGUAAUUGGGUCUCUGGAGCUCAUCCAAGUCGACCCAGAUGCUUACAUCCUGGGAAAUGAAACUACCUAUAAUACUUCGAUUUUAGUUAAUUAUGGAAGAAUUACUUCCGGCUCGGGUCAAUGGGGCCCCGGAUUUUCCAAUGACACUGACCGGUUCGGCCGGUCCUGGCAGUCUGAUUCCGGUAUCUUAACUAAUGCUGCCGGAAAGACUAAAGCGAUAUCUGCCAUAAAGGAUGUGAUCAAUGUGGAUAGAGAACCCAACUUCUUUCCAUUGAAGUUGUAUCAAACAGCCACUAUUUUGGUGGGAGGAAGUGGAACUGACGGCAAAUUUAUGGAGUACAUAAUUCCUGUGGAUGCCAAAUUGGAUUACUUGUUGUGGUUCCAUUUUGCGGAGAUUGAUGUUAGUGUGACCAAGGCAGGGCAGAGGGUGUUUGAUGUUUAUGUGAAUGAGGUGAAUGUAAGUAGAGUGGACAUAUAUAAGAGUGUUGGGGGCUUUGCAGCUUACGACUGGAGCUAUGUGGUGAAGAAUUUGAGUAGUACUUCGUUGAGUGUUAGGCUUUAUGCCGUUGUGGGAUCGCCAACCAUCUGUGGGCUUGAGAACUAUGCUAUUGUCCCAGCUGAUCUCAAGACUCUACCUGAUCAGGCUUCUGCAAUGCGAGCUUUGAAGGAGUCGCUUCGAGUUCCAGAUAGGAUGGGUUGGAAUGGUGAUCCGUGUGCCCCUACAACAUGGGAUGCGUGGGAGGGUGUCACAUGUAGUCAAACUAAAGAUGAAUCUGCCCUAGUCGUUUCCCAAAUAGAUCUUGGAAGCCAAGGCUUGAAGGGGUAUAUUAGUGAUCAGAUCGUUCUCUUAGCAAAUUUGGUGAGCCUGAAUUUAAGUUUAAAUUCUUUGGGGGGAAGUCUGCCAUCAGGGUUGGGCCAAAAGUCUCUUGUAAAGCUGGAUCUAUCAAAUAAUAAGUUAAUGGGACCAAUUCCAGACAGUCUAACAUCUUCUCAACUGCAACUCGUGCUUUUGAAUGGUAAUCAACUAUCGGGGAGAGUUCCGGAGGAACUUUAUUCCAUUGGGGUACACGGCGGAGCUAUCGAGUAUGUCUUAUUGCUUAUACUGCAACCACUUUCAUUCUUUGCAUAAUUUCACACUUUCUUAUUUAUCCUAAAAAUAAAUAUUAGCUCCCAAUCCGACAAUCCUACGUUUUCUUUACAUGCCUUGGUGGCUUGGUAAGUGCUAUAAUAAGAAUGUACGGACCCUCAAAGGUUGUUAAGACAUCAACAAUUGCAGGCAUUGCAUCAUCUUGCAUAGUUGAGAAUGCUUUCGAAAAAUUAUUUCAACUUUAAGGUCCUCAAUUAAACUUUGAUGUUGAGGGUUAUAAUUUACUGCGAACACCUAUUAUGCCUCAGUUACAACAAAACGGUGAACUCCGACAAUUUAUCUACUAAGCUUUCCACUGAAACACGAAAAAGAAUUGGCUAAGAGUGGGAUGGAAAAAAGGAAGUAUUUUACUUCUGCAAUAAUGAAUGAAUUCUUUGGACUCAGUGGCUGUUAACGCAAAGGUUACUUGUACUGGAAUGGAAAUGUUGGCAGAUUUUUUGGACUGCCAUUGGUCUCCCUAUUGGGACUACAAAUGUUUGAUUGAGACUGUAGGAUCUCAAUGGGUUAGUCAAGCAAGGGUACUGCGUCAGCCCAAAUCUCAUUUAAGUGCAUGGCUGUCACGAAGGAAAAGGUGGUUAGUGGGCUGGGUCUGAGGUUGAGAUAACCAAACUCUGAACACUGUUGUGACAAAAGGCCCGGUUUAUGCCAUCUUCAAAUUGUAUUGAGAUAUAUCUGCAAAUAUUUUUUGUACUCAUGUUACAUAUCUUACUAGCCCACUACUAUCAGUAACAUCAAUGUUUAAUAUAUGUUAUUGUUCAUGCUUGCACCAUGUAGAGAAGCCAGAUCAUUGAGAGUUGAAACUUAUCUGAAGAUCUAAAAAUAAUAUUUAAGACUAGCGCAAUGCAAGGCCUUGAUGAUUUCACAUGAAAAGAAAAGUAAAAUGCAUUAUUUGAUGAGAAAGAGUAGCUCCAUUGUUUGACUAAACGUGUAUUAUUUGCUCCUAUCUUGUUGAUAUGGUUAUUUUGUUAAGUGGAGUUCUUAACUCGCUUUACCACAGCCUUUCUGGUAACAAGGGGUUAUGUGGAGUGCCUUCUUUGCCGGAUUGCCCUUUAUUCUGGGGAAAGGAUGGCUUGUCUACUGGAGGGAAAGUUGCCAUUGGCCUAUCUUGUGUGUUUGUCUUUUCUCUGGUGCUGCUUGGAAUAUAUAUAUGUAUCAGAAGACGACAAAAUGACUAUGACUUUGCUUUACCACAAGAGUUAAUGUGUAAGUAGCCUUUGAACUUGGUCUGGCUUUUCUUUUAUGUUCAUUGAGUUAUUUGCUUUUCUUUUUUUUUUUUUUGUUGAUAAAAUUGAGUUAUUUGCUACCUAAAAAGGCUUUUUGUUAAAUAUGUGAAGUUUAAGUUCUAAUAAAUGGUCACAUACACAACAAUUUGAUCCUCACAAAAGCAGGAGGAAGCACUCAUGCAUGGCGUUUUGAACAUUUGACUUUUGAAGGGUUUUAUAUAUCUUCAUAUCCAACCAAAUUUUUGUGCCUUUUAGCAAGUUGAUGUGAUGCUGGCUUUAUGAAAUAUAAAUGCAAUUACUGGUUUGGUUGAAAUCGGUGCUGACAUUAAUGUUUUGGAGAAGCCUUCCCUUGUGCAGAUUUAGGAAAAAAAAAAGAAAGAAGUAAAAGCUGACUUUUUUGAGGGGGAGUAAAAACUGACAUGGAUUAAAAUGAAGGCAUUUGCUCAUUUAGUUUUAUAAUAAUCAUUCAGUCAUUCUUCAGGCAUUUUCGAUGCCCCUAUUGCAUUUGAAAUUGAGUGACAGGAUAGCAUGCUCCCACUCAAUGAUUCAAAGCUUUUGAGCAAUCUCAACCUUUCCGACAAGGCAAAUUGAUCAAUCUGAUGAGUAUUUGUCUGUGAUCUUCACUGUAGGAGGAAACUUAGGAUUAAUUAUGGUGGUAGGACAUCCUUGGGGCUAUCAUUCAGUAUAGAGAUACAUCAUUCCGCAAUAUGCAUGCACUACUUGACAUGACAUCACAUGAACAUAAAAUAUGUUAGUUUUUACUGAUGAGUUUUUCUACUGAACUCCUCUUAAUUCACGAGUAUAAUAACAUGUAGAUACUAAAUUUGUUGAUUUGGAAGUUUAUUAUCAUCGAGUUUGCAGAUGUUACCAGUGUAUGUGUUUGCAUUUAGUGAUGUUUGAUGUUGUUACUGAUGUUUGUAGCCAUUUCCAUUGUUCUUGCCGUGUAGCAUUAGCCGCGAAACGGAAUAAGUACCACAGACAAAAAUCUUUAAUGGCUCUGGAAAUGGAGAGCCAACAUGCCAAAGGAUUCAUUCCAACGUACAAUGCAAAUUGAACAAUCAUUGUCCUGGGAGAGGAGUUUAUAAAGAUGUAGAUAAGAAUUGGUGCAACUUGACAAGAGGGCAUAAAGAGAGGGACCUUGGACCUAUACAAUGUGCCAAGGAUGAAACUACCCUUCAUAUAUACACCAGUCAGUGGUUUUGCAAAGAUGUGACUUCUGUUGAUUUUCCUCAGCAAUUUGUUGCCAAUGGGGUCCUGAAAACAAAAACCACAUUGUUUUGUAGAGUGCAGUGUAUCUCGAUUUGUUAAUUGGUUGAAGCUUCCCAAAUGGUAGAAAGUUGAAAGAAAAAAAAAAAAAAAAAAAGUAAAACCCACCCCCCAACCAUACACAAGUAAUUGAAAGACCCAAGAAAACAAAUGCCCCCAUUGUAAUAUAUUCUCAAUUUUCGGCAUUUGAUUGGAAGAUUGAUGUGAAUUUAACUUCAUAGUUGCAUUUCGUAUCAUAUAUAGUUAAAGACUGAGAAUCUUUUGGUGAUAAGCUGCUUUCCUGUAGCAUUAUUAGUUACUUUUUUUUUUUUUUGAGAUAUUCUCUGGGGAUAAGUGUAUAAUUAGGUAUUAUUGUCGUACCAAUGUUCGUCUUUGCUUUUAACAUCCCUCUCUGAAGUACCAACAUUUGUUCUUGCUUUUAGGUCUUAUCUCUCUCAAUGUCACUAGAUUUGUUUUUGUUCCAUAAAAUGAUUCGACGAACCGAUGCAUUGUAUUUUUCAUUCUUGCUUUUUGAUCUAUCUCUCAAUGUAAAUAAUGCUCUCUUCCGCAUAUAAUAAGAGUUCAGCAAACAGAUGGA